AUCAUCUGGGAAACUUUUUAUUUUUUCGCAGGGUUUUGUUUCCCGGGAUAUGUGACAACAAAAGUCUCCAAAUGUUUGUUUAUUUUGGUAAUAAACGUGGAUGUGUUUCCAAGACUACCGAGUGUAGCAAUUUGCUUCACUUUUUGAUUGAUUUAUUGAAAGUUCGUUUACUGUUUGUUCGCUGAGAAAACAUGGGGAAAUAAUAACAUCGGGAAACAAAAAGGUGGCUAUGGCGGCUGCAACAUCUGAGCGGCCACAAUUCAUUGCCAGCACUGGCGGAAAUCAGAGCUUUUCAAAUACACCGCUGAUUGAGAGUGAAGAAAAUGACCAAAUUGUUGUGCCCGAUAGGACAAGCUGGAAGAACUUGUUUGCUUAUAUGGGUCCUGGAUUCCUUGUUUCCAUUGCAUAUAUAGAUCCCGGAAAUUUUGAGACGGAUCUACAGUCAGGAGCAAUUUACAAGUAUGAGUUACUUUGGAUCAUAUUAGUGGCAUCAUGUGCUGCUCUAAUUAUUCAGUCCUUAGCAGCCAAUCUUGGUGUUGUCACAGGAAAGCAUUUAGCAGAACACUGUAGAAAUGAGUAUCCUCGGGUACCAAAUUUCAUCUUAUGGGUUCUUGCUGAAAUUGCUAUAGUUGCAUGUGACAUACCUGAAGUGAUUGGAACGGCCUUUGCAUUGAAUAUGCUCUUUAAAAUUCCAGUAUGGAUUGGUGUCCUUUUAACUGGCUUGAGUACAUUGAUUCUUCUAGCAUUACAACAAUAUGGGGUUAGGAAGCUUGAAUUUUUUAUUGCUUUUCUUGUAUUUACAAUGGCUGGAUGCUUUUUGGCCGAGCUUGGCUAUGCAAAGCCAGAUGCGAAAGAAGUUUUAUAUGGGCUUUUUGUUCCUCAACUCAAAGGAAAUGGUGCUACCGGUCUUGCAAUUUCUCUUCUUGGUGCUAUGGUUAUGCCGCACAAUCUCUUCCUGCACUCGGCAUUGGUGCUUUCUAGAAAAAUCCCAAGAUCUGUUCGGGGCAUCAAGGAGGCGUGCAGAUUUUAUAUGAUCGAAAGUGGCUUUGCUCUAUCAGUGGCAUUUCUCAUUAAUGUAUCUGUUAUUUCUGUAAGUGGUGCAGUUUGCAGUUCUUCAAAUCUAAAUCCUGAAGAUAAAGAUAAUUGCAAAGACUUGGAUUUGAACAAAGCCUCCUUUUUACUUAGAAAUGUCUUAGGUAGUUGGAGUUCAAAACUCUUUGCAAUUGCUUUGUUGGCAUCAGGUCAAAGUUCUACUAUAACGGGAACUUAUGCAGGGCAAUAUGUCAUGCAGGGCUUUCUUGACUUGCGGUUGAGGCCAUGGAUUAGGAAUUUCUUAACUCGAUGCUUAGCAAUAGUCCCUAGUUUAAUUGUUGCACUGAUUGGCGGUUCUGCUGGGGCUGGAAAACUCAUUAUUAUUGCAUCGAUGAUUCUCUCAUUUGAGCUGCCAUUUGCUCUUGUUCCACUUCUCAAGUUUACUAGCAGCAAGGUCAAGAUGGGGGCAUACGCCAACUCCCUUAUGAUUUCAUCUAUCACUUGGAUCAUUGGUUCCCUGAUAAUGUCAAUAAACAUAUACUACCUUGUAAGCAGCUUCAUCAAGUUUCUUUUACAUGGCCCUCUAAAACUCGUGGAAGCCAUCUUCUUGGGAGUAUUUGGUUUUGCAGCCAUAGGAUUGUAUUUUGCUGGAGUAGCUUACCUGGUCUUCCGUAAAAAUAAGGAAGUAACUCACCUUUUGGCACUAACAACAGAUGAAAGUCAACAACCAUCUAAUGCUUCUGGUAAUGCAUCAAUGUACUCUCUCCCUCGCGAAGACAUUGCGUGCAUGCAGUUACCACAAAGAAGGGGAAUGGAUCUUGAGUAAUAGCUGGUAGGUUAGGUGAAAAUAGGAAGGUGUAUCACAAUUUGGUGGGGAUGAAUCCACAACAGGUGGUAACCGGAGAUGCAAAAUCACACAAUUUUUAUAUUAAGAUAAGGGUUUUCGCUGAUCAAAUGUAGACAAGGAUGCAGUUGAGGUUGGGAAAGUUAAAACUGAACAAGGCUCAUUAGCUAUAUUGCAACUAUCACAAAACAUAGAAGCUCUACUUUUGGAAACAAGUUUGUUUGAAAGCUGAGUCAUGUAAAAAGGGAAAUUUUCUUUCAUUGAAUUUCAGGCCUUGAGCUAUGUAAACUCUUCCAUUGAAACCCAAAGUCCUGUACCCUUUUCAAUAUGGA